CUGAACUGUCGCUGCCAUACAGCUCUUGUUACAGUACUUGUAGACAUUUUGUCGGCUCAGAAAAUUAUGGACGGCAUGAAACUCAGGGAAUGGAACUGCUGAGGUAGUUGAAAAGCCAGAAGACGUCGGCAUCUAAGGCCAAAUCUAUACAUAUAUCCAGAGGAAGGUGACUGAUAAGCUCCCAUCAUGCCUUUGGUGACUCGAAACAUCGAGCCCCGGCACCUCUGUCGCCAGUCACUGCCAAAUACAAUCAAGAGUGAACUGGAGUGUGUGACCAACAUCACUCUUGCAAACAUCAUUCGCCAGCUUGGAUCACUUAGUAAGUAUGCAGAGGACGUGUUCGGCGAACUGUUUAUUCAAGCCAGCUCGUUUGCUGAACGGGUCAAUACGCUGGGGGAGAGAGUGGACAAGCUGCAGGUCAAAGUCACCCAGCUGGACCCUAAAGAAGAGGAGGUUUCUCUUCAGGCAAUCACCAGCCGCAAAGCCUUCCACUCCAAUUCCAUCAUGGAUCAGCAGCUCUUCAUUAGGUUAUCACUACCACAACCUAUCCAUGAGACCUAUCUGACCUGCAACGAGCCGCCCCCCCUCAACAACCUGAGCUCUUACAGGGAUGAUGGUAAGGAGGCUCUGAAGUUCUACACUGAUCCGUCUUAUUUCUUUGACCUUUGGAAAGAGAAAAUGGUUCAAGAUACCAAGGACAUUAUGAAAGAGAAACGCAAGCACAAGAAGAAGAAAGACGACAACCCUAACCGAAGGAACUUUAACCCGCGAAAAAUCAAAACCCGAAAAGAUGAAUGGGAACGCCGGAAAAUGGGGGAGGAGUUCGUAGUCCCCAAACACGAUGCCAUGGGUAACUCCAUAGAAGGGUUGAACGGCAGUAUUGGCUCUGGUGAUGAUGCUUUUAAUCACUCUGAUGGGUAUUUGGACCAAAGCACAAACUCCUACAGCUAUGAUCCCGCCUCUCCUCUCCCACCUCCAAUGCAGGAGGACUUCCCACCACCACCACCUCCAGACGCGCCGUAUAACGAAUCUGGUGGUGCGCCUCCAAAGCGUGGCAGUCUUUUAAGCCCCAGUCAUCCUCCUCCAGCUCCACCAGCGAUGCCUUCUUCUCCAGGCCGUCCAAAUGUGGCUCCACCUCUGGCGCCGCCACCACCUCCACCUCCCGGUGGCAUGAUCCCACCUCCACCACCGCUAGGUUUCGAUUCGCCCCCGUCUCCUCCCCCAUUCUCUAGCAAUUCUGCUUCUAUCCCACCUCCACCACCCAUAGAAGUCUCUAUUCCAGCUCCUCCUCCUCCACCCAUGGGUGGUGGACCACCUCCUCCUCCCCCUCCCCCUCCUCCUCCAGGCCCUCCUCCACCCUCCGCUCCUGCUCCUCCUCCUUCAGCAGGAGUUCAUGCUCCCGCCGCUCCCAAAGCCCAGCCUCCUGCCGCCGAGGGUGGUGUUCGCAGUGACCUUCUUUCAGCCAUCCGUCAAGGAUUUAACCUGCGUAAAGUGGAGGAACAGCAAGAGCUGGAGAAGAGAGGUCGCACAGAUAAUGAUGUUGCAGCGAUCCUAUCCCGUCGCAUUGCCGUGGAGUGCAGCGACUCCGAGGACGAUUCAUCCGACUUUGAUGAUGACAACUGGUCUGACUAAAGCUAUCGUCCUGCUCUUCAUCACCUGUGCUAUGACAUUAAGAUCAUUCCUU